AUGGGAAAGAAGAGAAGGCAGAGCGAUAUCGCGGAACGCCAACCAACGAUGCCCUCAGUCAUACCGGAGGAGGGCAUCGAUGCCGCACCAGACUCAUCAUGGAUAUCACCCGAAGAAGCGGCAUGUGUAACUUCACAACCACGCCACCAAGUCCCGCAAGACUUCCUGUUCGUCGAAUCCAUGACCACGGAACCGAGUACCGGCACCGGAAACAGCAGUUCCAAGAAGGGCCGCAGGGACAUCCGAAGCUUCGUCAUGCAGAAGGCCAGGCGAAACAAGUCUUGGAGUACCAGCAAGAAGAUGAUCCCUUCGCCAGCCGCUUCUGGGUUGCUGAAAUACGGCACGGGGGAGGAAAGUGUGGCCUCGCUUGGCCAAACGGACGAAUUGACAUAUCCCCGGCCGUUAACCAUCCAGCCACUGGCGGACACCUUUGGCUCAUUUAGCCCGCCGAGGAUAGGCGACCAGAGCGGCGGUAAUGCUGAGCUUGCUGCCCCAGACGAGGCUGCCAUGGGAUACGACAUCGAUCUCGGGUGGGGACUUGGUCUGGUGGGCAGCAGGUCCCCGACUGCUAGGUUGGCGGGAUCCCAGGAGCCCGGAAAAUCUCUGACCAGGCAAAACAACCAGCUUCAGUGUGAAGAGUGUAAGAACCAAGCUCCGCAAUGGAUGGAUCUGUACGCAACCUGUCCAAGGUGUGAGAGCUUUGAAUCCCGGAUUAUACAUCGUCUUCCUCCUCAGCAGCGAUUCAUGUUCACUGCAUUUGAUCCGUUCAAUACGUUGCCAAUCCACGUAGACGAGAAGGUGGUGGGGAUGAUGGAGCACUUCCUCUAUGUUCUCAUUCCACAGUCCAUUCCAUUGGACAUUCAUCGCAAGUCCGAUGUUUUGAAAACCACAUGGCUUGCAAUGGCACUGACGAGCCGAGCAUUCUUACAUUCCUUGCUCUGCGCCAUAUCCCUGCAUCUCUACCUUGUAGGGUCGACCGACGUCCGAUACGUGGAUAUCGUCUACCACAAGGGACGGGCCGUCGCAGAAGUGAACGCGAACCUAUCCGAUCCCGCCGCGGCCAUCAGCGACGCGAACAUCGGCGCCGUAUGGAAUCUCCUGUGCGUGGAAGAAAGCUUCCUGCUGCCGUUGUGGCAGCGGGAUUCCGACUUCUUGAAUGAUCUGCGACAGCACCACCCGGAACCGGACACCGCGGCGUUGGGAGUGAACACAGGCACGGCUGCAUGCGUGGUGGGCAGCAAUAACAACAGUCGAAUCAUCCAUCAUAAUGGCUUGAUGCGCAUGCUGGAACUCCGGGGCGGGAUCACUGGGUUGCAAACCAAUCGCUGUCUCCAAGCGUUCAUAUUCUGGCAUGCUAUGACCAACGCCAUCGCGUCAUUCCACCUCCCACCGCUGUAUCCGAUCUUGCUAUUCGAGCAGCCGACACCGGCCCUGGUCUCACGAUACCAGAGGUACGAUCACGACCACGGCCUCGACCAUGUCCUUUCGGUCCUUCGAUCUAGCCCAUGGAACGGUCUCCCCAAAGAACUCGUCCGGAUUACACGGAGCCUCUACUUCCUCACCAUCGACCUCAACGACUGGUUUUCUUCCCAUUCCCCUUUCUCGAACAUUCUGGACCCGUUGGACCUGCAAACGCGAGCCGUCCAUAUUGAGUCAUGCCUCCUCCAGCUCCUUGAUACUUCCUCCCUCGGGCCACCAUCAGCUGGAACCCCUUCCGACCCCGACACAGCUUCUACUUCGAUCGGUCUGCUUCACGAUGCCUAUGCCAUCGCACUUCUCAUCUUCACCGUCUGGGUCUCCGAGAACUUAUCCAACCAACCUAACAAUGUCCUCCAAUUCACUGCCAUCCCACGCCUUCAGCGAGAAUUGGUUCUGUCGUCCUCCACCGCUUCUCAGCAGCAAAACGCUCCAUUUUGGCCGCCACCGUCGCAGUCAACACAGGAGCGGAUCAGUGAAUCUCAAGGGCCACAGCUCAACGCGAGCUCCGGCGACGUACGGCUCUGGAUUCUGCUAAUCGGAGCGAUCUGCUCGUCGAGGUCUUCGGAAGGUACUUGGUUUCGGAGCGAACUCCAGCACGGAUGCCACGAUGCAGGGUUGUACGACGUCGAGGAGCUGCUGAGUCGAUGUCGACGGUUUUUGUGGGUCGAGUUCAAGUUGACGGCGGCCGCGCGGGGGAUUUGGCGGUGGAUAGUCAAUGAUUAG